UCAAGUUUUACUUAGAAUGAGAUUUUGAUUAUCUCAGUUGUCACCAAGUAUACAGAUAUUACAGAUAUAGUAUGUUAUGCAGAAAAAAAACAUAUAAUUCAUUUCUUUGAAAUUUUGGAUACAAAAAGAAAACUUUGAAGAGUACAGAUUUUAUUAAUGUUCACAGUAUAGCCAAGUGAUCAGUUGGAUGAAAUCGACCAUUUGAGGAUGUGCAAAUUUCCUUAAUUCCUACAAAAAUAUUUUCCAAUUAAAAACUUGGGUCCUGAAAUAAGAUGGUGAAAACCGAUGACAUAAAUGAUUCUGCACAAAUAUUGAGAGAUAUUCUUCAAAAUAGAGAAAAACAAAUGCAAGAAAACUUAGGUAAUAAUAACAGUAUAAAGGAAAUCUGUGGAAAUAUUCAAGAAGAUUCCUGUCAGACAUCAGAUUUAGAGAAAAUGACAAUGAAAGCAAUGGCUACCACAUACAGGGGAGACAACCAUGAACAGGAAUCUGAACAUUCUUCUGAUGAACUGUCAUUAGAUGGGAGCGACUAUGGCAGCGAUCAAAAUCAAUUAAUGGAUGAAAUAGAGGGCAGCGAGUCCAUGUAUGAUAUGAAAAAUAAUGACAGGAACUCUGUCGAUGGUGAUGAAAAUAAAGAAGCAAAGCGUGCACGUGUUGAAAACAUUUUAUCACAUAUAAGACAGUCCCCUCCAAGCCCAGGGGAUCAAGGGGAUAAUCAUUCACAAGAGGUGCGGAGACCAAAAAGAAAACAAUACCAACCACAACAACAUGAUUCUAAAUUUCUAGAUCAUUCAGGAAACAAAUACAGAAAACUAGAAAAGUUAGCACUUCAAGAUCAAUUACUUCAACUUCAGCAACAAUUGCAACUUGUCCAGAAACGAUACCUUGAACUGCAGUAUGACGAUGAACAAGUCAAUGGAGAAGAAGAAAAUGAAAGUCCAUUCCAAUUCAGAAUGAAUUUAGAAAAACCAUUGUUUAAUAACAAACUAUUUGAAAACGACCCUUUGCAGAUGAAUAAAACAAACCCCAUCAAAGAAAAAAUAAAUAGACUAUGUGAUGAACCAAAUAACCAACAAGCUAGGCCAGUAAUUAGUGAACCACUUCAGCAAUUGGAUGUUUCUAAUCUUACAAACACUUUAAAGACUAAAAUCACUGAUGCUGUUUCAAAUGCUGUAGAAAGUGUAGUUUGUGAAUUGUUGAAAGAAAAACCAAAGAGGGUAGAAAAUGAGAAACCAAAGUCUAAACCUGAACCUGUACCCAGUCCAAUACCAGUAAGAGAAGUACCAGAGAGAAUCAAAGAAGAAAAACCAAAAGUUAUGAUGCCACAACCACCUUUUAGAUUAUCACCCAUGCGUGAACCAGUGCAUGAUCACAUUGGUCAAAUGGCCAGAAUUUUAGAAAAAGCUAGUGCCUUUGAGCCACCAAGAGGCCUAACUCCAGAUCUUCAUAGACCUCCACAUCUACAUCCAUCAUUACCAUUUCAUCUACCAUUUUCUUAUUUUCCGCAAUCUCAUUUACUGCAUCCGCCAUCUAUCUACUCUUGUGCUCCACUAUCUGAAUCAGAACAAACAGAACCAUUGCCAUUAGUUGUGAAUACACCAAAGAAGAAACGUACAAAAGUUACAGACACUAGAAUUUCACCCAAAACUGCUAGAGCAUUAUUGGGCCAAGAUCCAAUGUCUUUUGCUCAUUUACAUAUGGAACAGUCAGAACAGAGACACCAUUUUCCUGGACUAAUUCCACAUCAUCUUCCAACUAGUGUGGCAAUUCCUAAUCCAAGUUUACAGAAUCCAUCUGACAUAUUAGGGUUUUAUCGAGGAGAGCAUCAAUUUGGUGAUCCACGCUCAAGCAACCACUCACCUCUUCAUGCUGACCAUCCAUCACCAAGUUGUUCCGUUAGUUCACCAUCAGACAGCUACAAGAUGUUUGAAGGUUCCGACAGCUUUGAUGGUCAUCACAUGCAUGUCACCUCUACAUUAACACCAAUGCAUCUACGGAAAGCCAAGCUGAUGUUUUUCUAUGUAAGAUACCCAAGCUCAGCCAUACUGAAGGUGUAUUUCCCUGAUGUCAAGUUCAACAAGAAUAAUACAGCACAGCUUGUCAAAUGGUUUAGCAACUUUAGAGAGUUUUACUAUAUCCAGAUGGAAAAGUAUGCCAGACAGGCCAUUGCUGAAGGAGUCAAACAUGCAGAGGACCUUGUUGUGUCGACAGAUGCUGAGUUAUACAGAAUCUUGAACUUGCAUUACAAUAGAAAUAACCAGAUAGAGGUUCCUGAUAACUUUAGAAUGGUUGUACAAGCCACAUAUAGAGAAUUUUUCAAAUCUGUAAUGGCCAACAAAGACACAGAACCAUCAUGGAAGAAAGCCAUCUACAAAGUGAUAGCUAGGAUGGACGAUGUCCUCCCAGAAUACUUCAAAUCACCUAACUGGAUGGACCAGCUAGGAGAUAUGUGAUUUUUUUAAUUUAAUAAAGAUGGUGUAUAAAGCCCAAGUUCACAAAAGUCUAUACUUAUAUAUUAACUUCUGACCUGGUGAAGGUUAUAUGCGUAGGAGAUGAACGGAAUGACAUAUACUUCAAUAAAAAGACAUGAAAAUUGUCCUUGGUGAUAUUGUUAUUAUUACAUGUACACUAAAAGGAAGUUUAUAAUUUAUGAUAUUUUAGAUAUAUUAUCUAUUAAGCUCAAUAAGUGCAGAGAAAAGGAAGCCAUUAUUAUUGUGCUUGACAUUAUAAUUGGUAGUUGUUUUUUACAACAGUAUUUCUAUCAUUAUUGUAUAUGAUUAUUUUAUGAAGAUGUCAUUGAAUGGUCAGAGAAAGUAAGAAAAACUGAAAAGAAAGAGGAAUGUUUAAUGACAGCCGAAUGUCAAAGAAUUAAAAUCAAAAUCAGCUGUUGCCGGUUCCAAGAAAAGAUUUUUCAUCCCUGAG